AAACAAGUAGUUUUUUUAUUUUGUGCACUUAUUUCCUUUUGUUUAUUGACAUAUUUGCGGAAAAAUCGAGCCAAUUACAUUAGCGAUAAACUUUUAUUCAGGUCGAUCAAAGUUUGUAACUUUUUUGUGCCGAGUCCAAUUUCUUUCGAUAAUACUUGGCUGUUAGUCAAUAGAUUACAAAUGUCAAAUUACCAGUAGAUAAUAGUUCGAGCCGUAUAAUUACAAUGAUCGUUACACUAAUUUAUAAUUUAUUGUUCUGUACUGUUUUCGUCAUCACUGUGUAAAUGUUCUAAUAUCUCGCUACACGUACUUAACUAAGUUGUUGCUCUCACUGUGUGUCGUUUCGACCGUUUCUUUUAUAAAACUACAUAUUUUUGUAAAAAAAAACUCAAAAUGUCUCUGCAAAGACUAAAUACGUUUGUCAGAUGCUCAGCAAAUCACCAUUUAUGCCGUAAUGUCAAGUCACAAUUAGAAUUUUCCCCAUUUUUGAGGUUUUCUGUGGAACCAAGGAACUUUUUCACCAGCCAAAACAUGCCGUCUUGUCAAAAAGUACUAAAUCUUGAGAACAUGAAUCCAAAUGUAAGGAUAAUGGAAUACGCUGUAAGAGGGCCAUUGUUGAUAAGAGCAACACAAAUUGAAAAUGAAUUGAAAACGGGAGUUGAAAAACCUUUUAAAGAAGUGCUUAAAGCAAAUAUUGGUGAUUGUCAUGCUAUGGGACAAAAGCCAAUUACAUUCAUAAGACAGGUGUUAGCUUUAGUAGCUCAACCAGACUUAUUAGAUGAUAGUCGCUAUCCUGAAGAUAUCAAAGAACGGGCUAGAACUAUUUUGGAUGGAUGCAGAGGUGGUAGUGUUGGAUCAUAUACAGAUUCUCCAGGAAUAGAAAUAAUAAGAAAACAUGUCGCUGAGUAUAUUGAACGUCGAGAUGGUAUCCCUUGUGAUUACUUAAAUGUCAUUCUAUGUGCUGGUGCAUCAGAUGGAAUAAAAGCUAUUCUCCGAUUAAUGGUGGCUGAUGUCGAUGGGAAAAAACCUGGUGUUUUAAUUCCUAUUCCACAAUAUCCAUUAUAUUCUGCUACACUAGCAGAAUUUAACAUGAAACAGGUUGGAUAUUAUUUAGAUGAAUCUAAAAAUUGGGGUUUGGAUGUGAAUGAAUUAGAACGAUCAAUAACCGAAGCACGGAAACAUUGUAAUCCUCGAGCUAUUGUGAUUAUUAAUCCUGGAAAUCCAACUGGUCAAGUAUUAACUAGAGAAAAUGUGGAGGAUGUUAUCAAAUUUGCAUACAAAGAAAAACUGUUUUUACUUGCUGAUGAGGUAUAUCAAGAUAAUGUAUAUGCUGAAGGAAGUAAAUUUUAUUCAUUUAAAAAAGUGUUAACGGAAUUAGGACCUCCUUACAGUGAAAUGGAAUUAGCUUCAUUCAUGUCUUGUUCGAAAGGUUAUAUGGGAGAAUGUGGUUUAAGAGGUGGUUACACAGAAGUAAUUAAUUUGGAUCCUGAAGUAAAGGCAAUGUUACUUAAAUCUAUAUCAGCUAUGUUAUGUCCUACUGUUCUUGGUCAGGCUGUGAUGGAUUGUGUUGUUAAUCCUCCAAGACCAGGUGAACCAUCAUAUGAUAGUUUUAAAGAAGAAAAAGUUAGUGUAUUAAAAUCAUUAGCAGAAAGAGCUAAAUUAGUGGCUGAUACAUUUAACAGUAUUCCAGGAAUGUCUUGUAAUCCAGUUCAAGGAGCUAUGUAUGCUUUCCCACAAUUUAAGUUACCUGAAAAAGCAAUUAAAGAAGCCAAAAGUCAAGGAAUUGAACCAAAUGCAUUUUAUGCAUUUCAACUUUUAGAAAACACGGGUAUUUGUAUUGUACCGGGAUCUGGAUUUGGACAAGUAGAAGGAACUUAUCAUUUUAGGACUACAAUCCUACCUCAGCCUGAUAAAUUGAAAAAUAUGUUGGAAAAUUUCAAAAAUUUCCAUUUACAAUUUCUAGAACAAUGGAAGUAAUAUUUGAAAAGUAUAAAGAAUGUAGCAAUAAAUAAAUAAUUUAAGUAGAAAUUAAAUACCAAUUAUAUUUCAAUUAAUACAAGGUGUAAGUAGUCUACAUAUGUUGAUAUACUUACAGUAUUUUUAUUAUUUAACUAUUUUUCAUUUUUGUUUAUAUCAUAUUAAUUUAUUGCAG